UAUCGUUGCCAGGGUGAUGAUGCGCCGCACGACGCCGACGGAACUACACGAAGUUUGUCGAAUCAAAGUGUCAACAGUAAAUUUGUCGUUUGUUUCGGUGUUUUCGGGUUAAAAAAGUUGUAAAGUGAAUUAAAAAGGAGCUUUUCAGUGUGAAAGUGUCGUUGUUUUUGCGGGAGUUCAGUGAUAGUGCUUGUAUGUGCAGUGAUGUGGCUUUGGUUGUCGUUCAGCGGAGGGUGAAAGGCCCUAGAACGAAGAAAAUGAGAGUUGCGAAGAGAUUAAGAAGUAGCUCGGGCAGUGAUAGGGGUAGCAGGGGUGAGGCCCACGUGAAGUGUCCCCCUGAGGGACACUCGCCGGUGGACGCCCCGCCGACCCCCGAAGAAGAGGAGGCCGAUAUGGGACCCUGGCCACCCGGUACCAGUUUCAGCGCCGUCCUGCUCAGGACGGUGGUUCUAUUCCUGUUCAGCCUGCAGGCGUUCGUGUUUGCGACGGCGACGCCCUCUAGCGCGCGGUUCUACACGAUACAUUGGAACUCGUCAAACCCCAUCUUUCGUAUAGACAAUACCGACAACAUUAUAGACGUAAAUAGGAAUAAUUUAAAAUUUGAGUACGAUCAGGUGAACCUGAUCUGUCCGGUGUACACGCCCAACACGCGGGACGACGACGAGAUGGAGAAGUACAUCAUCUACAACGUGUCCAAGGACGAGUACGAGACGUGUCGGAUAACGAAUCCGAAUCCGCGGAUUAUCGCCGUGUGCGACAAGCCCUACAAGCUCAUGUACUUCACGAUCACGUUCAGGCCGUUCACGCCGCAACCUGGUGGCCUGGAAUUUCUACCAGGCCACGACUACUAUUUCAUCUCCACGUCGACCUCAGACGACCUCCACAGGAGGAUAGGCGGCCGUUGCACCACCCACAACAUGAAGAUCGUCUUCAAAGUAUGGGGCCCACCCUCCCAACCACCCACAGCUCCGCCUCAAACCCCUCCACCGCCGCGGCCCACGUGGUACCCCGUAACCCCGCCCCCGCAGCGUCCGACGCCACCCCCAGUCACGCCGCCUGCUACCAGAGCCACGCCCCUUACCACGAAAAAGUCCAAGGCCUACAACAAGCACCCGAACGAGGUGGUGAAGAGCGAGGAGCUGACGCUGGGAGGCGGGACCUGUUGGCUGGCCCCGCCCCGGAUAGGCGUGAUUAUGCUUGCGACGGGCGUGGCGAUAGUUUUGGCGCAGUGGCGAUGAACUCGAUAGUUUUUUGUGAGAAUCGAACCACCUUGUUGUUGUUUUACCUUUAAACGUACCCGACCGUGUAUUUUCGUGAUAUAUAUUUAUAAAAUAUAGAAAAAAUGGACUGGUUGGUGGUCAGAAACCAGAAAAAGAAGUCCCGUUCUACCCUGAUGUCCUCUUAUGAGAAAAAUUGUGAUACCUAACCUCUUUUUUCCCCCUUCGUGUGUUCGUGCGGGAUUUAAACGGACACCCUGUACGAUAAAACGGAACUAGGACAGUAUGUAUGUGCGUGUACUCGUCGAUAAACCGGAAAUGUUGAGAAGGAACAAGGAAACACUGCAUUUAUUUAUACGUUACACGUAUUUCGGCAGGGCUAUAUCUCUAAAUCAUUUUAUAUACAGCAAAAUAAUGCCUUGUUUAAACACUGUAAAAGUCGGUCCUAUUCUCUUAUCUUUCUAACAUCUCUAAAAAAAUAAAGUCGAUAUAAAAAAGUUCGAUAAGGUCGCCCAUCCUUAUACAAACUUACAUUUAAAUCUAAUAAAUGUUGAAAUUCUUUAUUUUUAAUGGUAUACAGGGUGGGUUUUUUUUAAUAAUAACUUUAAUAUUAUUAUCGAUAUCUUUAUGAAACUUCAUACACGUUUUCUAUGCAUCGAGAAGUCUCUUUUGAUGUACAAACAAUUUUAUUAACUUCGACCAUGCUUCAAAUUAUAUUUAUAUUUGGAGAAAAAAAUGGUACGCUACUGACUUUUCUUUUAUAAACGAUUUUCAUCCGGAAAGAUAUCUAUAAUAACAUUAGAAUUUUAAUGAAAACCAUUUUCCAAAAGGAAUACCCCGUAUAUGUCUUGUUUAAUUUUAGAGAUGCAGCCUUGUCAGAAUAUAUCACCGUUCUGUGGUCCCCUAAAAUGUUAUACGAGAAAUAACAAAAAAUUGAAAAAAAUACAACAAAAAAUGUUUACUAUAAUAUUUAUUAUUUAAGAAUACGGUAUAAAAAAAAAUAAACCCCUCUCACACUUAAUAUAUUUAUAUCAAGCGAUGAUAAAUGUGUGGUCCUAAUAACCGUGUAUACACAUCGUAUCGAACUUUUUUCCGUCAGAAAAAAUCGACUUUUUAAAGGUUUAGAAGAAUAACGUCAAAAAACUAAUGAGAAUACGAAUGACAAUAAUAAUUAUAAAUAUACACUCGAUACUGAAUAAAAAAGAAAAAAAACUGACAUUUAAAAAAGUAAAAAGAUCGAUAUGGAGAAAAAAGUUCGAUACGAUCGCCCAUCUCUACACAAA